AUGGCCAGCACGGCUAAUUAUGGCCUGAAGGCCUUGAUUACUUCAUGCAGAUUCUGUGCUACCCCUGAUUGCGAUUGCAAGCACGACAUGGAGCUGGUGGCAAAGAGAGUCAACCUUGCACUUGACCCAUCCCACAAACUGGAGGAAGCAGACCUCCGUCCAAUUUGCCUCGAUCUUGACGAGCACCCUCUCUCUGACCGCCCAGACAGCAGCGGAAGCGACGAGAAGCAGCGCGACGACGGCAACUUCGAUCGCGUGGUGGAGGAAGCCUUCAAGGCAUUCCGAGACCAGGAGCGCGACAUCAUUCUUAAUGCGCCAGCGGGCCUUCAAAUCGGCUCUGGCGAGCGCCAUCUCCCCACCAAUGACAGCACUGGCGACGGCGAGUGGUGGGUUGGCGCAGCUCACCUCCGCCACUACCUGGAGUUCCUUCUUGUCCUCAAGGGACUCAAGCCGUGCAUGAUGCUUGUCAAAUUUUCACUGGACAAUGUCUGGAUUUUCAGCACCCUCGUCAUCGACUGUCUUGUCCCCAUCAUGGACCGGCUGGGCCUGUGGUCCUACGGCUACAGCAUCAGCUUCCAAGCCGGCGAGUGGGUCUUUUAUGACACCAGGUCCCCUGUCCUGCCCUCCAUCGACAAGGUCUUCCUCACCCACCGAACGACCAAGAAUUUGGAUCCAGUUGCAUACCCUGAGGAUUCUCACCUCGGCGCCCCCGAGCCCGAGGUCGCCGUGGCACUCGGAUACCCCAUCGCCAUGAAGGAUCCCCGCGUCGGCCACACGAUCCACGUCCGCGACACCACCGAGAUGGACGUCCUGGUCUCACGCGGCUGGCCUGAGCCCCAGUGCUGUGUCCAGGGCACUGGCUUCAACUGUCCCGCAGGGAACGAACUUAUCUGGGUCAAAGUCCUCGACUGGUACUACAGGUGUGAGCGGGCAGCCCGGAGCGUGGGCACCGAGCUUCAGCUCUUCACCGGCUCCCACCCGGAGAUGAGCAACUGGCUGGCGGACAUCACUGGCAUGCUGGAGGGGCCAGCCCCCUACCUUGGAAGGAGCGGACCCAAGCUCAACCAAAUCAUGGAGAUGGUGGAGGGGUCCUUUCUCGCGAGACUCAUGCUGGGAGAGCCUCUGACGGAGGAUGAUCUGCAGCAGCAGGACGAGGACGUGGAGGUCGAGGCCGACCAUAAUUGA